GAGAAUAUUCAAUUGACCGAAGAGAUUGGAGAUGAUAGCGCCAGAGUUAGCAACCAUUAGCUAUGAUCAUACAGCCAACCCGAAGGCUCUGAGGAAGAGGUUGAUUGGAGUUUAUUGUUAAAACAGUCGAUGAUCUUUUGGUGGCAAAUUAUUCAUUUAGAUAGCUAGCUGAAGGUAUGGGUAGUAAUAGCAUUGGUCCAGCUGAAAUUUUUCAAUUACUUGAAUCAAAUGAAUCUAGUGAUGUUGAAGAAACAAAAAAAAUUUUUCAUGAUCAAUUUUCAUUAACCAAAGACAGUUGUCUCGUUAAUGGAUUAUUUGAUUAUUUUCUUUCAACAAAUUCUAUUCGAGCAAUUGAAGUUCUCUCCAGUGUACGAGACCCUCACGAUAAACAUCUUUUAGAUCGAUUAUCAGAAACUCUAACAAAACCUUCCAGUAAUAAUCAACGUGUUCAGGCAUUAACCGUCUUAGGACACAUAGCUCGUCGACAACCAACAUGGAUUUACAAGUUGACUAAUCAUCCACUGUUUAAGGAACUACUAAAAUUAUUAAAACAGGAAUCUGAUGCCUUAUCAAUAAUCAGUGCAUUAUUAUUACUGAUAAUAUUAAUUCCAAUGCUUCCAGCAGCAAUUGGUCCUUAUCUUAAUGAAAUUUUUGACAUUUUUAUCCAUCUGGCUUCAUCCUACCAUAUUCAAUCAAACAAUGUUUUCACAAACCAUUCUAAUUUAUCUGGAAAAGAUCAAUUCUAUCUUCUACAUCUGCAACUUGGACUCUAUCACCUUUUUCAGAGACUUUGGCCAAUGUAUCCUUGCAGUCUUUUUUCAUAUUUACAAACAAAGUAUUCAGCAAAAGAUAAUGAUGCUACUUACAAGUAUAUUAUCAAACCAAUGCUUGAUUCAGUCAGAAUGCAUCCUUCACUUAUCACUGCUUCUAAAGAUACUGAAACAAAUGCUGCUAGAUGGAAAAAAAUGGAACAUCAUGAUGUCGUUGCUGAAUGUGAAUCUUUUGCUUUAAAUAGGAGUCGAGAAGAGGCCUAUGUAUCAAAUAACUUACGAGCUACUCCACUUCUAGAUCGUCAGUGUCUCUCGACUCCUGUUAAUAUUACUGAAGGAUUAUUGGGUUCUGUAACUAAUAAUGAUAAAGAUGAAGAUACCUUUUGGUCUCCAAGUAUGAGCAUACCUCCUCAGAGCCCUAAAACUUUACAGACUAGCCAUGAACCAAGAUCUACACCGUCUACCCCUAAUAAUAAUAGUAGAAGCAAUUCUUCUCCACCUGAAGCUGCUAUUGAAGCUACACCUGAAACUACACCAGUUAAAGAAUUAAGACAGGCGUCAAGGCAUACACCAAUAAGCUCUGCAGUCCGAGCUCUUGGUAGUUUUGGCAAUGGUGUUUUAUCAAAUAACUCUCGUCCUUCAACGCCUAUUAGUAAUAAUAUUAAUGCAUCAGCAUUUGUUGCCAUAACCAAUACUGAGAGUAGAAUUUUUUCUCAAAAAAUGGAUAGAAUUUUUGCUGAUAGACACUCCAUUGUACAGGCUCAUGCGAUAAGUCUUGAAUGUGUUGAUAAAGUGGGCGAUCAAAAUACAAAUCAAAAUGGAAAAAAUGAUUCUUGGAAUGAAGAUCAAGAGGUUUCCGAAAUCGUCAGCUCGCACAAAAUUCGUAUAAAUAAUACAGAAAGACUUGAACAUCAUCAAGAAUGUAGACAAGGAUCACAGAAGAAUUUAUUUAAUGAAUUUAAAAGGCUCAACAUUGAUUGUAAUAGGCAACAAUCAGUUCCUUCAACCCCAUCUUCAUUAAAUAAUCAAAAAGCCCAAUCAUCCGAAUCAUGUUCAGACUUGAAGCCAAGUAACGAAGUGUGCACACAAACAACGGACCUUAUUCCGUAUGAACAUUUAUUAAAUGAAGUUUUAGAACCGAAAACUAAAGAACAGCAAAUAACAAAAAUAAAUUCUGAUUCGCGUUUGUCACCAACUUUAAUGUUAGACCGUUAUAUUGAAGCUUGUGCGCGAGUCAGCUCGAAUGAUUCAUCAGAGAAGAAAAUGAAAUUUAAGAAAAAGGGUCCAGACGAGGAUGACAAUGAUAAUCUAACAGAAGAAGGUUUAAGCGAGCUAGAGUGUAUAAACCAACAUCUGCAAUUAAUGCAAAUGCAAUUGUUUUUUGAAAGACAACGAAGAGAAGUUCAUGCAGAACGUAAUAGAAGACUUUUAGGGAAAUUAAGAAAUUCAAGAGCUCUUGAAGAACAAAAUAAUGCUUUAACUGAUCGACUACGAAUGACGGAAUCUGAAGUGAUAGCUCUAAAAAAUGAAAUAGAACAAAACAAUCAAGAGAGUAAAAUACUUGAAGAAAAAUCUAAAGAAACUAUAGAACUUUGGCAAACUAAAUACCGAGAAGAGCAACAAGCUCAUCGAAUUUUAAAAGAACAAGUAAAACUAUUAGAAAUAGAGCUAAAUAAAGAAAAAAAGAAAGUUUCCGAAUGUGAGAAACAAACAAGAGAGGCUGAAGCAGCUUUAUUUGAUGCUGGUCAUCAACUCAAAGAUGCUUUAAAAGCUGCUAAACAUGGCGAACGCCUAAAGAAAACAUUAGAGAAUAUUCAAAAGAAAUACCUUUUAUUAGGAGAAACUCAAAUAAAAUGUUUACAUAGACUUUCAUCACCUGUAUCAAUGUCUCGACAGGAAUCAGCAUACAUACAAAAAGCUUAUGCUGAAGAAGUAGUGAAUCUUCAAAGACAAUUAGAUUCACGUAAAGCUACGAUAGAUGGAUUAAGAACACGAUUAGUUGAAUUAGAAAAACGUGAAACUGAUAUGGAGUCGCAAUUGUUGGACCAACAACGUUUACUUCUUGAAGCACAGGAACGUAAUGAUGCAGAAUUACGAGCAGUUGAAUCUAAAUAUAAUACUCAAGUAUCAAUAAAUCUGCAUCUUGAGAAUAGAAUCCUGGAACUUCAUGGUAAAUUAGAAGCUGCAAAUAGUAAAUUGGGACUAAAUACCGCUAAUUUAACGUAUUCUGAAUCUCCGAAUGAACGAUCACCACCAUUAUCUAGUAGUUUGGCAUCAUCAAGUGGAAGAAAUCUUUCUUUUCAAUCAAAUACAGGAAUUAUGAAUGAUUAUAAUGAUUCAGCUGGUGAAAUUUCGAAUCUUCAAGCUAUUGUGGAACCUUCAGUUUCCACUUUUAGUCAAUCUACAACUCCUGUGCGGCGAAAAUAAAGACUAAUGCCAUUUAAUAACACCAUUUCUUUAAUAUAACAUUAAAAAAUUAUAUAAAUAGAUAAACCAAUUAUUACAAUUAUUCUAAGAAAUUAAACGAAUGAACUUGUCAAGGCCUUUUGUGUCUUACAAUUUUUAUCACCAACAGACACGAGAGAGUAAUAAAAAAAAAAGUUGAUAAAUAUAUAGAAAAAAAAAAAUUAAAGAAAAUUUUUAGAGUAUCAAAGAACGUCCUGAUCGCCUUAUUAAAACUAAACGUUUUUAAAUGCGUCUGAGAAAAUCAUGAAUCAUCAGAUUGUAAUCAUAAACAAUAAAAAAAUCUAAAAAAAAAAUA